UCGGUGGCUGAGUGCUCCUGUCUGCCCUGCCGAGGGGCCGGCCAUGGACAAGCAGAGGACGCUGUGCUGGAUAGAGGAACAGCCUGUGCUCUGCGCGUCUAACCCAGUAGCUGGCCGUCGUCCUCCCCAGACUUCCGCUGCGUCGGAGACUGCGUCACUGGACAGUGGAGAUGCCCGGCACGCAGUUUCCAUGGCCUUGCUGCAGGGUGCCGACAGCUGCCAAACGGCAGGCUUCACCCUAGCCACCCUAGGAUGGAUCCUCACCAUCAUUUCCAUGGGCCUCGUGGAGUGGCGAGUGUGGCACAUAGGGAACACCUCUCUCUCUCACUCCAGAACGGUCUGUGUGGGAAUGUGGAAGGUGUGCAUUUACCACCAUGCCCCCAUCGUCAACAGAUCUAUAUUGUGUUACCAUUACACCCACGAGGAUACUUACAUCCCUUUGGAUAUUCGUAUUUGUCAAAACCUCCUGUUGGUCGCCAGCAUCCUAGGUCUCAUGGGGAGAGUCUCCACCAUCUUUGCACUUAAAAACGUGUGCGUUGGAAGUGUUCAGAGGAAUGCCACCCUCGGUCCAAUCGUCUCAGGAAUUCUGGACAUAGCUGCUAGCAUCUGCGUCUUGAUCUCUUUGAUCUGGAAUCACCACUCCGUGAUGAGUGAAGAGGGUAUUGCCUUCCCACCGUUCCUCUCUCUACCCUUCAGGCCCGAUACCCAGGAGCUGGGCAGUGCUGUUCUGGUGGCAGACCUGGGUGCCAUCAUGAUGCUGUCCAGCGGAUUAAUUUUCCUCUUGUACAGGUGCCCCAUAGCUCGCCAAGUGCAGCCUCAAACUUCAGAAAUGUAAACUCUUGGUUGCAUUGGCUUUCCAAAUUCAAGAUUACCAAGCAUUUGUGACGAGUUCUAGCGGGAUGCCCUAUCAAAUAUUUCCAACGAUUCUAGACCAUGCCAAGGGUAGUUGUGGGCAGAAAGUAGCCAACUAUUUCCAUCUGCUAUUUUCUACGUCUUGGGUUCAUUAAAAGAAAAUUUCACUUAAAAAAAAAUCUUCCCCACCUGUCGGUUGGUCUUACGGAGUCUGAAUUUCAAUUAUUGUCGAAUAAAUAAUCUAUACUAUAAACCUAGUGUAUGGACAUAA